AGCCACGCAGAGCUGAUCUGUUUAAAUGCCUUAAUUAUUUGUAAAAUUAGUGAACUAAACUUAUUCUGAAAGAAAAUAUUUAGACAUUUCAUUUGAUGUUGUAAACAUAAAUUUUAGUUAGAUUUUGGUAUUUGUUUUCCGUAUUUACUGUAUAAUUAACUUUUAAUUAAAAAUAAAAUGGUCAAAAGCAAGCAAAAGUCAAACAUUUAGAGUUCAUUACGUGACAUCACUGUAUUAUAUAAUAAUAAACAUUGUUAUUUUUCAGAUAUCAGUGUAAGCUGUGGUGAUGUGACUGGAUCUGUGGGGAAAGAAGUCACUUUCACCUGCAGCGUCUCUCAGCAGAUCACAGCAUGCUGCAUUAAAAUGUAUAAGUUUCGAUCCCAUGAGAGCUAUAAAGACUCAAGAAUCUGUAAACAAGGGCUUCCUGAGAACUCCUGUGAUCAGAGUAAGAGCUUCUCAUGCAGCUACACUCCAACUACAGCAAAGAAGGAAAGAAUUGUAUUCUUUGUGCAAACAGUGUGUGGAGUGAAAAGAACAGAAUUCACUGUGGACACAACAGUGCUCAUUGAACCAGCAAUUGUCACUUCAGCUCCUGUCAAGGAAGAUUUCAGUGUAAGCUGUGGUGAUGUGACUGGAUCUGUGGGGAAAGAAGUCACUUUCACCUGCAGCGUCUCUCAGCAGAUCACAGCAUGCUGCUUUACAAAAUAUAAGUUUCAAUACCCUGAGAUCUAUAAUGACUCAGCAAUCUGUGAACAAGAGCUUCCUGUGAACUUAUGUGAUGAGAGUAACAGCUUCACAUGCCGCUACACUCCAACUACAGCAAUGACAGAACAAUUCAGAUUCUUUGUGCAAGCAAAGUGUGGAAUCGGUACAUCAGAAUUCACUGUGGACGUACCAGAUAAGCUCAAGUGGAACAUAUCAAGAACAUCUCAACAAGAGACUGCAGAAGGAGGUCUGACUUUUAAGGGAUGUCUAAAGGCCCCUGUAUAGAGCAUGAGAGUGUGACGUCACGCUUCGUUGAGUUCUGGGAAACUGCUUUAACUGAUUAAACCCACUUCCUGUCACUCAAUAAAAUCUAAAUAAAAUC